UGCGGCGGCCGCGGCGGCUCUCGGACCAGAUGGUGCCAACCGGGUUCGCCGAGCUCCGGGGAGCGGCCGUGAGACUCAGGCUGCGGAGGACUUGGUUCUCUGGGGUCGCUGUUUGGGAGAGCCCUCUCACCCUCCCUGUGACCCGAGCAGUUGGUACUACCGGGACGCCAGCCCGCCCCUUUCCAGCGUAAACCCCGGGUGAAGCCGCGCCCACCGCCGGUCUGGCCUGAGCUGCCGCUGCCGGCCCGGCCUUCUCCGAGCCGCGGCCCCCGCUCCCUGGGGCGGCCCGGGCUCGGCCUAGACCCGCAGACGGUGGACACCCAAGAACCCGUCCAGAGCUGCCUUCGUGGAAGGGGAGCCGCGAGCCGCCCGCGACAGAUUGCUCCUGCCGGGCCUGAGCCCUGCUACGAAGUCGCUACAAACCAGGACGUCUACAGAUGACAAGUAAGUUCUUUUGCUACUAAGCCUUCAGCAAUUAUGGCAAUACCUUGGAAGAAAGCCCUUCUGCUACUUCUAACAUCCCAAGCACUGUCCUUAGUGAAUAGCAUUGAGGAGGAGGAAGUACCUGAAGAAUGGAUUCUCCUGCAUGUGGUGCAGGGCCAGAUUGGAGCUGGAAAUUAUAGCUAUUUGAGACUAAAUCAUGAAGGGAAAAUAGUUCUUCAAAUGAAAAGCUUAAAAGGUGAUGCAGAUUUGUAUGUAUCUGAUACCACACUUCACCCAAGUUUUGAUGAAUAUGAAUUACAGUCUGUAACUUGUGGCCAGGAUGUUGUUUUCGUGCCGGGACACUUCCAGCGCCCUGUGGGAAUAGGUAUCUAUGGACAUCCAUCUCACCUUGAGAGUGAAUUUGAAAUGAAAGUAUAUUAUGAUAGAACGGUUGUAGAAUAUCCAUUUGGUGAAGCAACUUAUGCCACAGAUGGUAAAGCUACAAGCCAAAAGCAGCCUUAUACACCAGAAGAUACGUCUCAAGAUGAAGAAUCCAUUGUUUGGACAAUAAUAAUUGGCAUUUUGAAACUAAUACUUGAGGUUCUUUUUUAAUGUCAUUGGACAGACAUACACUGGAAUACAGUAUCCUUAACCUGUGAAGUGGAUUGUGGUUUGCUGUGAACAUUGCUACUUUUUAUAUGUUUCAGGAAAUAUAGGGUUCAGGGUAUCUUUUU